AGGAGGCACUUUUAGGAUAAUCUGGGCUCCGUGCCAAGGCGGUAGAGCAGAUUUUUGAACCGCAGUGGCGCACAGUGACAUAACAACUCGGUGUUUGCACGGCUGAGCACAGAAAAGUUACCACCCAUUAAAAUCCGCCACUGACAAGGAAAAGAAGACCUGGAGCGAUGCGUAAAAUCUGAUGUGAGCCACAACUCCUCUGAGUUUAAAGGAUAUUUCGGACAUGGCCUGAACUUUUUUUCCCUCUCUCCAGAGUUUGCGGAACAGCAGCAGAGCUCGGAGCAUGCAGCUCACAGAAACUAACUCGGGUUGAUUCCCAGUCUGGACUUUAGUUUUCCUCUCAGGCCGGGGGUCCGGGGAGGAGAUGAGUGCUCAGGAUGGGACUGUGCCUCGGUACCGAAGUUACAGAGGAGGAGAAGAAGGCGAGGAUCCACAGUGCCAAGAUAGACAGAGACCUGUACGAGUACGCCAAGCGGGAGAUGAAUGUGGUUAAAAUCCUCCUACUAGGUGCAGCGGAGAGUGGUAAAAGCACUUUGGUCAAACAGAUGAAGAUCAUCCACAGUAAUGGAUUCACCAAACAAGAGCUCAUCAGCUUCAAGUUAACCUAUGACCCUCAUCUUUGGCAGCCUGCGGUGCUGGAUAACCUCCUGACCUCCAUGAAGUUUGUCCUCCAUGGCAUGGGCGUCCUCCGAAUCAACCUGGCUAACAGCAGGAACAAGGUCCACGCCCAUUCUGUCCUGUCGUGUGGGCGGUGUUUUGACGAAGAUCAGGUGCUGUUUCCUUUCCUAAGCCAUGCCCUGUCCUGUCUGCUGGCUGACCAGGGGGUGAGGGCGGCGGCGGCCCGGGGAUACGAAUACGAGCUCAAUGACUCGGCACUGUACUUCUUUGAGAACAUGACCCGCAUCACGUCUCCAGAUUACGUGCCUACAGAGACAGACGUUCUGCGAGUACGACUGAGGACGACGGGCGUGAUAGAGACCCAGUUCAAAGUCAGCCAUCUCAUUUUCAGGAUGUACGAUGUUGGAGGCCAGAGAACUGAACGGAGGAAGUGGAUUGCUUGUUUCGAGGACGUCAGGGCGGUGCUGUUUGUGGUGUCACUCAGCGGUUAUGACAUGACUCUGGUUGAAGAUCCCUCCGUGAAUCGUCUUCAGGAGAGCAUGAAGCUCUUCUCCUCCAUCUGCAACAACAUUUUCUUCCGCAGCACAUCCAUGAUUUUAUUCAUGAACAAGAUAGACCUUUUUCAAGACAAGAUUUUACACUCUGGGAGACAUCUGCGGUUAUACAUGCCUCAGUAUAAAGGUGCAGACUGCGAUGUGGACUCGUCUGCCCGCUUCAUUGCCGCCACCUUCGUCUCACUCAACACCACUCCUAGCAAACUCAUCUACCACCACUUCACCACGGCGACCGACACCUCCAACAUCCAGGUCGUCUUCCAGGUGGUCAUGGACACAAUAAUCAAAGAGAACCUGGAGGCUGUGUCGCUCCUUUAACUGCCAGCGGAGGUCCGAGACUUCACCGGACAGUCGCUGCUGUCAACCUUUGGAUGAGUCAUUUUAAAAGACAUGAAGACUGCCUGCUCUCUGAAGGUGCAGCCUGGGAGCGCCACUGUUGUUUGUGAUGCUUGAUUUCAUGUAGAAAAA